AUUUAUUUCUUUUCUUUAUACAUAUUUUUUUUUCUAAUUAUCUAUGAUACUCAAAUUCUUAUUCUUUAUCUAUAACUCAUAGAGACAUUUGUUGCUACCAAUCACAAAACAUAAGACUUGGAGUACCUAUGAGUAUACUAAUAUUUUACUAUUAUCAUAUAUAGAGUAGUCAAUAAUGAGCAUCAAACAAAUUAUUCAAAACUUAUGGAAUUUGUCUAAAAAAAUCUUUCUUCAAUUAUUCAAGGCUUAGUCCUUGAAUCAAAUGCAAUAAUCGGAGUUGAUCUAAUUGGUCUCUAGCGUGAAAUAUUUGUAUACCUUUGUGAUAGAUAUCGGCUCCUCCCAGGUAAGAUGAUUUUCCAAUGCUGCAUUUGGUAUACCUUUGCAGAAACAUUGCUAUUGAGUAAUAUGUUUCUUUCAAACUCGUUUUUAUAUCUUAAUGUCUCUUCCCUCUAUUACCCCUCAGGACUUGCUUGCUUUCGAGGAAUCUAUAACAUCUUACUAUUUUGUUUUUUAGAGUAGUCAACAAUUAGUAGUAAAUAUUAGUAUUUCUUUUUUCUUGUAAUCCAUAUUCUCAUUAUUGGUUAUUUAUUGUUUUAUAUUUUUGUAUAGACAUGGAAUUUACUGUUCGUCGACAAAUUUUUUGUUAUUUUCACGUUGGAGGUAAUAUUGAAGUUGUACCAAAUCAGAAAAUUAUUUAUCAUGGAGAAAAAAUCAUAGGAGAGCUAAUUGAAGAAGGAUGUACGAUACAAAUUUAAUGCAUAAGAUAUGGCUUCGAACCAAGGAAAAUAUGCAGAAUAAACGCAUUACCUACACAGUCAAGUUUAACCAAUCUCAACUUAUAGAUCUCAUUGAUACUGAUAGUGUUAACCAAUUGAUCACAUUCAAUGAUGAUACAACUCAUGUAUACAUCAUGGAGGUAGAAAAGACUAACCAUGAUAGUACACCUCAUGAGGACAAUGAUGACAACGUUCAUGACAGUACACUAUCAAGUAAUUCAACUCAAGGAGUCGACGUCGUUACUAAUAUUUAUGGUCAAAAUCCAUUGACACCAAUUCUAUGUACAACGCAACUUGUCCCUACUACGCAACUUAAAGUAGUGAGAUAUAGAGAUCAUAAUGUUAUGGUUAGAGGGUCAAAUGUUGAUGUAUGUGUGAAUCUACUACACAAAGAAUGUACAUGUCUUGAAUGGCAAAUGACUGGAAUUCCAUGUCCAGAUGCCUGUGCUGCAAUUAAAUUAUUACAUGGCAACAUCUACACCUAUGUAGAGGAGUGCUAUCUAAAAAGUUCACAAGAAAAGAUUUAUGAGAUCAGUAUGAUCCCAAUUGAAACUCAUGACAUGUCUGAUCUCAACAACCUGACCCUAACAGACUGGGAGAAUAAUAUUUUUCUUAUGCCACCUACAACAACUCGUCCUCCAGGAAGGCCGUACAAGAAGCGCCGAGAGUCACAAUUUCAAGAUAUGCGUGUUUACAAAUGUAGCCGAUGUGAUCAGAGUGGUCAUAAUCGUUCUAAAUGUAGAAAUCUUAAUCCAGAAAGAAUAUGAAUGUUUUUAGAUAGUUCUAACUUUA